CUCUCGCCGCAUCCUUCCCUUAGCGCCGCCCAAUGAGCUACAGGUAAAAUACGACCGACACCUUUUGCUAUUUUCUCGAGCGUGUGCAGCGCGCACCCCCAUUUCGUCAUCCGCCCACUUUCCCAGCGAACCCCGUUUUGAGCCGAGGCACAAUGUCCAGCACCGCUCUCGAGAGCCUCAAGGCUUACGUCGAACAAAUAAUUCUUGACCCCAAGAAUCGCGACAUUCUUGCCAUUGUCAAGGGUGCUCGCAAUGGCGCCGUCUACGGAGCCAAGGUGCGGUUUCCGCACGCGCUGGUCAUGAUGCUCCUAUUCCGAUCGGGGACUCUCCGUGAAAAAGCAAAACUCAUCUUCCGCGCGACGAAAACCCACGCUACGAAUCUGGCAAAGUUCGCGACCAUAUACAAGACCGUCUGCUAUCUUCUAAGACAUUACGGGACAACGCCUGGCAAGGAAGGUCCAUAUGAUAGCUUCUUCGCCGGCCUCCUCGGAGGCUACGUCGUCUUCGGUCAGCGAUCACGAAAGGGUAAAAUCCCGAGCGUCAACCAGCAAAUCGUCGUCUACGUCUUUGCGCGCGUGGUGCUGGCACUAGCCCGCCUGGCCGUCAAGCCCGGGUAUGGAUUGCCGGGCGUGUCCGAGCCCAACAACAGCACCGCUAUCAGUCAUUAUGCUUGGCCGGUAUUUGCAGCUGUGUCAUGGGCUAGCGUCAUGCACCUGUUUAGGUGGCAUGAUGCCGAGCUGCAACCGAGUCUGCGCAGUAGCAUGGUGUACAUUUACAGAGACGCGGAUACAUGGGAUGGUUUGCGCAACUUCCUUUGGCACAAUAAAUAA